AUGCGCAGCUUUUUUUUGUGAAUGAAAGGGGAGAAGGGGGUCUGCUGUUCUGACCCAUGCAGGCGGGCGAAGUAGAGCGCCUGUUGGGCCGCCGUGCCACCGGACACUCCGGACUAUGACCUUGGACAGCAAGCGCAUGGAGGAGACGGACCUUGACGUAGGGGGACAGACGGAUGGUAGUGACGAUCUGAAGACCACAGGUCUUUCAGUGAUAAAUACGAGUAAUCCCGAGUUUGAGCAAAGCGCUUCAUCCUUCGCUCCUCAAGUGCGGGAGGAGGGAGACUUUGCAGCCCGGCUAAAGGAUGGUCCAGACAAGAGAACCGCCUCGGUGAAGCCUCCGUACUCGUACAUCGCUCUCAUCACCAUGGCCAUCCUCCAGAGCCCGAAAAAAAGACUCACCCUCAGUGAGAUAUGUGAUUUUAUCAGCCAGCGCUUUGCGUAUUAUCGGGAGAAGUUCCCUGCUUGGCAAAACUCAAUCCGUCACAACUUGUCUCUAAAUGACUGCUUUGUCAAAAUGCCCCGGGAGCCUGGGAAUCCUGGCAAGGGGAAUUACUGGACACUGGAUCCCAUGUCGGCAGGAAUGUUUGAAAACGGGAGUUUUCUUCGGCGGAGGAAACGCUUCAAGAGGCAACAUUUCUAUUUGGGGGCGUUGAAGGACUGCAGGGCGAAGGAGCGCAGCCUGAUGCCCGUGUUUCCUCUCCUCGGAGGGCACAGGAUGAGUUCUUGUCUCCAGGCUCCUGAGUUGUACCACGAACUGGGAUUCAGAAGUCGACUAAGCCCCCACACUAUUCCCAGCAUCCCACCUGUAAGCAGCAUCAUACCUGCACUCUCCUCUCUCCUCUCCAACAAUUUCCCCUCGUGUCGAACCUUUGAACAUUUCGACCCGGGACGCUGCACGGCUGUCCCAUCUCUGGCUCCAAACUGCUCGUUCGUUCCUCCUGUCUCGCUGCACGGAAUGAACUACCCUGCUUCUCAGCUCUCCCAUUUCCCUACUGGGAUCCUAAAAGUUUCGUCUAAUUUAAUUUAAUGUAGCUUAAUGACGCCUUUCUUGAACGGAAUCUUCUUAUUCUUCGACUGAGAAUAAACCCAUGGUAGCCUACUUUAUGUACACAUACACUUUUUUAUGCAAACAUGCCUCCAUAUUUGUUUUUGAAUUGAUAUUUUACAGUUAUGUUUGGAAUAGAACGUGGUGGAAUUCAGAGUCUACAAUGAUUUAAAUAUCAGAGUUUAUCGUCAUACAAUCAAAUAGCAUCGCUAUACGAUUCUUUUACAUUUUGGUUGAUUGUAGGCUAUUACAUAUUUUCUU